UCUCUCUCUCUGUCUGACCGCCCUGACAAUGAAGAUUGCCAUCACCGGAUGCAACGGGGACGUAGGCAAACGAGUUGUGCUUUGGGUGCUCAAGGAAGGGCACACCGUAGUCGGCGCAGACCGUGUCAUUGUACCAGAUACCGAUUUCUACGACAAUCCUGCCUUCUCUUUCCAUCAAGCGGACUUUAAUGACUUUGAUACGGCUUUGAAGGUCUUCGAGGGUUGCGAUGCAAUCAUCCAAUUGGCAGCUUUUGCACACCCAAUGCACUACAAGGUUAAGGUGCAUAACGAAAAUGUCGUGAUCACUUGGAAUGUCCUGCGUGCAGCUGCUGAGUUAGGAAUAGACCGUGUCGCUGUAGCGUCCUCGGUCAAUGUCUUGCGUGGGGUGUUCGGCACAGAGCCCACCUUUCGCUACUUUCCGAUCGAUGAGAACCACCCAUGCGAACCUGACGAGCCUUAUGGGCUUUCCAAAUUAAUUGGUGAGAUACAAGCAGAUACCAUCGUCCGAAGAUACCCAUCCAUGCGGGUUGCAAGCAUGCGCAUGCACAAGGUCGCCCCUACGCGCGCAUGGGCCUAUAGAGAGGAUUACUUCCGCUCCAGAGGUGACCUAUGGAGCUACGUCCAAAUGGACUCAGCAGCGGAUGCCUUCCUGCGUGCAGUGACUGUGGGGAUGGAUCAAUGGACAGGACACGAAACAUUUUUCAUUGCCGCGCCUCAGCUGGCCGCCGAUGAGGAUUGGCUGGAACUGAAGGAGAAAUAUUUCCCAGACGUGCAGGUAAAAUCUGGCUGGGUCGAGAGUGGCGGGAAAGGAUUUUUUGACUGUAGUAAAGCUGAGCGCCUGCUUGGCUGGGUCCACGUGGACUACGCAUAAGUACGAAGCAUUCCACUUCAAGGGAGGCCGGCUAGCCAGCAGGCCCAUCAGAGAACCGACGAGUUCUUUAC